GCUUCUCUGGUUAUUAUUUAUCGUACUGAAGUCUGGCAGUAAUCAUCCUUCACCCUGAAGCUGUCAUACACGCACACACUCUGCUGAAGGUGAGCAGGGAGUUAAACUCAGACAUGAAGUCGGCAUCUGGGAGUAAUGUAAAUUCUAGUCAGAAGAUGAAGAGACAGAGCUCUGGGAGGAGUAAUUUGCGCAAGCGGGUCACAUUUUCUUCCCAUGUCUUGCAUAAGAAGAGACUCACGAGCAUUCCCACAGUCCUUAAGCAACAGGGAGAGAAUAUCAAAAAGAGACCUAAGCUACCUGUAACAUGUGGCGAUAAAAAAGGAAUUUUGCACAAAAACAGGUUUAACAAAGGUGAGCCGUGCAUCUGGACUGAUCGUCGGUGGUUAACUCCUACUCAAUUUGAGAAGUUUGGAGGAAAGAAGAAAAAUAAAAGCUGGAAAAUGAGUAUAUGUCACAAUAAGUUUCAGCUGCAAAUGUUAAUACAGAAAGGCUUUCUGUCCUCUCCAUCAUUUAGAGCGAAGCGUUCAAAAGAUAUAAAGUUAGUAUCUGGGGUAGAGAUGGCUGAAUCAACUAAACAAUUUGAAGAGAAGGAAAAUGAGGACAUGGAACAAGAUGAAGAUGAUAAUUAUGAUAAAGAAGAAGAAAAAGAAGAUAAAAACGAAGAUAAUGGCAAGGGAGUGGACUUGUCUACAUUUGACCCUCCUGCUUUACCGGUCAGCUGUGGUUCUGUCAGUGGGUCUUUAUAUAAAAUCAGAUUUGCAGGGGCACAUCGUAAGAGCAUCCGCACAGAGGAGCGCUGGUUCACUCCUGAGGAGUUUAUAAAGCAGGAGUUAACUUUUACUGACAGAAACUGGAUGGAAAGCAUACUGUGUCAUGGCAAAACCCUUAACUACCUGGUGAAGAGGAAGCAGGAGAAUGAUGAUGAGUGCUACAUUUGUAAAAUUGAUGAAAAGCUGUUGUACUGCAACACGUGUCCACGAGCUUUUCACCGUAACUGCCACUUACCCACUCUACGGGAGAACACGCCUCGGGGUGCAUGGACUUGUACUUUCUGUAAGUUCAAGUCUAAGCAGAGAUUUUGGAAUCACAUGAGCAGGAAAGACGCUUUAAGCAGUCCUGUUUCGGGAGACACAAUUCUGCGCUGUGAGUAUUUGCUGUUGCAUUUGUGUAAGGUGGAUACAAGUCGUGUGUUUGCUCAAGACCCUCACAAAAGGGUGCCGGGAUACAGCAGUGUGAUCUCCAACCCCAUGUGGCUGGACAAAGUAAAGAAUAAACUGCAGGAAAACAAGUAUAGAAAAGUGGAACAGUUUGUAAAUGACAUUGAGCUCAUCUUCAACAAUUGGAAAACUUUUAACUGGGAUAAUAUGUAUGGCUGGUUUGGAACUAAAAUGAAAAACAUGCUUGAGGAGGAGUUCAACACAAUCUUUAAAAUUCAGUAGCAUUUCUGCAUUGGCAAAAUGAUGUCAUUCACCUUUAAAAGCAACAUAGCAUUGACCUGUACUUCUGUUUGUUUAUUAUUGUUUUAUGAUACAGAUCUUUGUGUUUCAGAUGUUUCAACUUUAAAAUCCAGGCUAAAAUCUUUAUAUUAUAACCAUUGUUGGGGGAAGUAACUUUUUAAAGUGACUAAUUAGAUCACAAAAUUACUGUCAUUAAAAAUAAUCAGUUAUAUUACAACGUUACUUUCUAAUAAAAGUAACUAGUUAGAGUACUUUUCACCUACGCGGUUUUGCGCAGCGGAGUAAGUACAGUUCAUCAUGAUUCACAGAAGGUUUUUGGCAUUGAAAUUACAAUUCCAUCUUUCCGCACGUCUGUCAUCGCAGACCUUGCAGAACUUUGCAGAACAUCGGUGGUCAC